AUGGGCUCGAUACGCCCCCGCAAUGUUGGAUACGGUGACUUGUUACCGUCGACCUUCUCUCCAUGGCGAGGCGAGGGGUCAGCCGGCGUAACAAACACCGAGAAGAGUGCCACAACGUCUCAAGAUGCAACACGGGCUAGUAUAGAGUCUACAGCCCAGUCAUUGGCACGUAGUAUCUCGAGCUCUACUGUAGGACGGCGAGGCUCCUCAGCCUUCUACUCACCACAGUCUCUCAACGCAGUGCCACAUGCCACGAUACCAGAGCCGCCCACGUAUAUUGCGUCACCACAACCCGUCGCGUCUCAUUCCACGAGUAUAAGAUCAGGCAUUACGGCGCCGACGGUAUCAAAUAUGAAUCCCUCUGAUACCGAAGGCCAAUCAAGCCUACCCUCAGCUACAGGUGGAUUGGAGCCGAAUAUACUAGCAGUCGCAAAUGUCGAUGCCAUGAGAAGUGCUUCCAUCAUGCCGCAACAUCCAGGAGCAGAAUCCAUCCCCAUGUCGGCGAUGUACAACCCAACUCCCUCACCGACCGCCAUAGUCAGCGAAGAUGAAGGCGAUACGAAUCAUCCACUCUCUCAAUGCGCUAUUUCACAAUUAAAAUGUUACUCGAGGAAAGAUGUUUAUGUCAAGCGCUGGAGUUGGUUAUACGCGACACUCGUCGUGUUAUCAAUCUACUCAACCGUAUUCAGCGGAAUUUGGCUUGUUGUUUCCAUUGUCCAACCACGAUACGGAAGAGGGAUUUCAACUGGAAAUGGGUGGCAAGUUACACCGUCGACCGCAACUUUACUUGCCACCUUGGGCGCUAAAACCAUUGAAUUGUCUUUCGUCACGGUAUUCGUGGCAGUUCUUGGGCAGGUCUUGACUAGGAGAGCCUUCAGCAGGCUCUCGCGAGGAGUAACACUGGCAGAGAUGACAAUGCGAAAUUGGGUCAUUCAACCAGGGUCACUUCUUACUCAUUGGGAUGGCAUCCCGUACGCUGCGACUACUUUCCUCGGCGCCUUGACCUUAACUGCUACUUUCUGCGCAUUGUUCUAUACCACUGCAUCUGAUGCAAUGGUUAGCCCGAAACUUUCUCGUCCCGGAUGGGAAAUACGUACUCUACAGGGCUUAGUGAAAUCUCCCUACUCCAACCCAUACUACAUUCGUGACACCUGCGAAACUCCCCUUCGCGACCUCGAUCCAAAACGCGCCCCUUUUGGAUGCCUAGAUGUCCUGUUCUCCGGCCAGUCAUACCACAGCCUCACUGCCUAUCUAGCAGAAUGGGACAGCGUACGGAACAGCCAGGAUUCGAAUAUGCGCCAACUCUCCGACAGGCCUACUGGGAAGCAUAAUCUCUUCGAUAACACAACAAUGGACUCCCAGUGGAUUGAAACAGAGAGCGGGGACGUGGCAGCCAGUUUUAAUUCGUACAAGAGAAUUAUAAAUAAUGUGACGCUCGCUAUGCCACACGCUGGUAUAUACUCAGCAGCCACCGAUCCUAUCAAUGGCAUCCUACAGCCUAGCGAAUUGUUGGGCAUAGGAGAAUAUUCCAUCAGGGCGAGUGUUUGGUCUCCCGUCAUCAACGUCUUGUGCGCCAAUAUGAAUGAAAAUGAAUUGACGCCUAUCGUAUAUGCACAAUGGCCAAAGGCGCGCAAACAUGAUACCGGAGUGGUUGACGAUUGGGAGAAUGACAUACCACAACUCCCGAAUAGUCCGUGGCUAAAUCGCACAGAUGUCGACGAUAUCUUCAAAUGGGGUGAGAAGUAUCAACGUCGGCCACCUAUUUUCCCAUUGUACCCCAUCGAGAAUAACAUGGUCACUGUCCUUCCCAACGAUACUAAUAGAACUGCGCUGUACAUUCUCGCCAAAUCCAUAAACAACUACUCAGUCUGUCAAUUAAGCUCGUGGAUGACGAGUAAAUGCUCAUCAACGUUCAAUCUAUCAGGAACAUCAGGCGGACAUAUGAAAGCACACUGCGAAGACCCGAACGAUAAGAAUGCGCGAGACCGCACGAUUCCAGACGGCGCGGCUCUGACGUCCAGUCCGUCACCUGAUUGGGUGAACAUAGCAUAUGAAUGGCAGUUGGCGAUUAACUUGAAUGGAGGGACCCAGAAGAACAAUGCAUCCAAUGCGCUCAUAUUAACAAGCUUUGCCCUCGACAAGCCAGAGCUCAAUCCACGUCUUCCAUCCAUGGCAGAGGCCCUCGCCGUACUCGUAAGCAACACAAUGGCUACAGGCUCUAUCGACAGCACAUUCGGACCUGUGUGGACCCACAAAGCCGAUGAAGGGGUAAACAAUAUCCUCUUCAAUCCUGUAUAUGAGAACUUCAGUGCAGGGGUACAGACGCAACAAUACGCCUCCGCACACACGUCCGCAUGGCAAGUGAUUUUCUAUCCGAUCUUGCUCCUCGUCUUUGUACUCAACGUCCUGUGUCUCCUGUACCUCGCCUUCGGCACAGCAUUCACAUCGUUUUCCACAGCAGAGCCAUCCUUCAAGAAGAGGCACUUCUCAUCCUCAUCACCUUCUUCCCCGGCUCUUCCGUUCCCCAUCUCCUUCACCCGCAGCAGCAGACAAGCCCAGUCCGAAAGCGACAGAGAGAACCUCGUCGACGACACCACCACCGACAACGCCAGAGCGGCGUCAACGUCAGAAAGAGCUAAAGCCGCAAAGGGCCUCGUGACAGAUUACACGGAGCCGCAGAACCUGUUCGCGCUGGCGGUUAAUUCGCCGCCGUCGCGCGCCCUCGCGGGGUCCUGCGGACACGGGCCCGAAGGCAAGGAGAUGGGCGUGCCCUGGCGUGUCGGAUACUCCGCCUGUGCGAACCAUUAUUUCUUCGAGGAAGGGGUACCCGAGAGAGGAGAUCCUGGUACGGCUGCUGCUGCAAUGGCGAGCGGCGCGGAUCUACUGGGCGAACAGCGCGGUCCGUACGGGAAGAGCUACAAGCGGCUUAGUUCGAGACGGGCUUGGUUGUAG